GGUAAACACUCCGACAGAGUUAUGUCUGACAGCCUUGCUGCUCACUGAAAGAACAAGGGACAGAGAAAAAAGUCUGUGCGGCUAAGCACUAGAAAUACUGUGAGGCGGAGGAAGGAAGAUAUAGCGUGAGGGUGAGAGAAAAAAAGAGAGAAAAUAUAUGGAGGAGAGCUCAGCCACAAGGGGAGUGUGUUCUGAAAAACCAGGCAGAAUUCAGCCGCUGGUGAGCCUGAACCAAUCCUCUCCCUUCUGCCACAGGCUGGGAGGGAUUGAGACAGGAUUUCCAUUGGGUUCUUCCAGGGAGUGAUUUAUAGAAGAGUCCAGGGCUGUUGAUUAGGAUUUGUAGCUUUAUGUAGGGAAUACGCUGGAGAGGAUUUGAGUACGCUGUUCGCUGUUAUUGCAAAUUGCACACAGUAGUGUCUGCGACGUGGAGGCUAAGUCUGCUGGUUAGUGUUGGCAGUGCUGCUCCCACCUCUGCUGCUGGGGUUGUUUGGGGGCUAUGUUUCUGACUGACUAGGGCAGCAUCACCCACAUGCAGGGCAGAGGCUGAAUGGGAGGUAAAGAGUGCAACUAACCAGCAUGGGAGCCAAACAGAUGAAAUGCCUCAGUUCAGCCAGCCCUGCACACUCCCCUAAAGAAGAGUACAUCAUCGCUCAGUCCACAGACACUCCUAAAGGAGUAUUUAUCUCAGCUCAAUCUGAAGACCACGCCGAGCCUGGAGAUGACAAAUCAGAGUUGACGGAAAGGAAAUCUGAUACAGAAGAGGUGUCUCUCUGUGGCCUGUGUCCGACCUCAGGGCAUAGUGGGCUAGAGGAGGAGAGAUCAUGGGACGAGCAGCUGGAGUGUCACCAGGAGCAGCUGGAAAAGGAGAUGCAGGAGGCCAGGAGGAUGGUGUUCCGCCUGCAGGCUCUACUGCUGCACGGCUCUCUCCCUGAGGACGAGCAGGAUGUCUCCAUGGGCUUCGGGGAUAGCAGAGCUAACUCUGAGCAGCAGCUGGUUCUAAUCCGCAGUCGUCUGGACCAAAGCAUGGAGGAGGCUCUUGAUCUGAAGAGGGAGCUUCUGAGGCACAAGCAGGAGGCACGCCACCUUCAGGCCAUUAAGGAUGCUCUUCAGCAGCGUCUGUCUGUACAGGAGGCUGCGGUGCUGCAGCUGAAGCAGGAGCUACUGAGGUGCAGUAUGGACAAAGAGCAACUGGAGGGGGAGAACGCAGAGCUCAAACGGAAGUUGAGCGAUCGGAACAAACUGCUCAGUGAAUACGAGCAGCAACUUGGAAAAAAGGAUAGACUACUUCAGCAACAGCAAUUGAAACUGGACGAUGCUCGGCACAACUCUAAUGAAGGAAGCCACAGGUCAUCUAGGAGUGAAAAGAGUGGGUACAGUAACUCUGUGGGCCCACCCCCUGGUCCGGCCUUCCAACACACAGCGCAGGGGGAGGAACUGCAGCUAGUAAGGGAGGCCCUGCGUAGUCUGAGGGAUGGCUUCUCAGGUCACGACCCUCAGCAUCACACCCUGGACACACUGGAGCAAGGGGUGGCCAGUCUCAUGGACCGCCUAUACACACUCGACACACGCCGCAGGCAGCAGGACAGAGGGGUACACACACACACACAACAAUUCACACAGAAGACCACAGAGGGUCCAUACAAAUCACCAGGACGAAGAGCCAACCCCACAGACAGGGACUCAUGGCCACCCAGCUCAAAAAUAGCUCACUCUCACAGUAGCCCUGGCCUGGACUCCACAAUCUCCACUAAAGUGCUCUACUUCACUGAUCGCUCACUCACUCCUUUCCUGGUCAACAUCUCCAAAAGGCUGGGGGAGGUGACUCUGAGAGACGUCAAGGCAGCGGUGGACCGCCAGGGUAGCUUCAGGUACCACUUCAAAGCCCUCGACCCAGAGUUUGGGACUGUGAAGGAGGAGGUGUUCCAGGAUGGAGCCCUGGUGCCUGGCUGGGAGGGGAAGAUAGUGGCCUGGGUGGAGGAGGACCAUGGAGAGAGACGGUAGAAGUGGGAACCAACCAACCAUAGAGGGAACCACUUGCCUCAAACUGUGACCACUGGACUAUGAUGCCAUAACACCCUCUCAGUAUUCUCAGCAGCCCUGCAGAGGUAGCUAUUAUAACAAUUGGGAUCAAUCUAUUUAUUACUGUUUCGAGAUAAAACCAUACUUUAAAAAAUGUCUCUUUCCUAUGGACAUUUGACUUACAGUAACUGUUUGAAGUACAAGUUCUAGUUGCCAAAUAUGAAUGAAUACAAUUUUUACGUUUUAAUAAACAUUGAUUACUGCAUGAA